UUUUGUCACCACGGCAACGGUGACCUCAGCCCUCCACCCAGCUCACUGGGUAGGGGCGGGAGCUCCGCGUUACUUUUACCCGGGGGGGCGUGGUCUGCUCUUGGCCCCGCCUCAGGGCGGGGCUGGGAUAGCCCAAGCUCGGGGAAGUCCCUGUCCACCGCCCCAGCCGGAGCUGCGCCCCGCCCCGGCCCCGCCCCCGUCCCGCCCGCGCUGGCUCCCCAGCCCGCCAACCCCACCCAGCCCUCAGACCCUUCCAGCUGCAGCUGUCGUCUUUGCUUCAGCCGCAGUCGUCACUGGCUGCCUGAGGUGCUCUUACAGCCUGUUCCAAGUGUGGCUUAAUCCGUCUCCACCACCGGACCUUUCUCCGUGGGUUCCUCUGCUAAGACCGCUGCCAUGCCAGUGACAGUAACCCGCACUACCGUCACAACCACCACGACGUCGUCUUCGGGCCUGGGGUCCCCCACGAUCGUGGGGUCCCCUCGGGCCCUGACACAGCCCCUGGGUCUCCUUCGCCUGCUGCAGUUGGUGUCUACCUGCGUGGCCUUCUCGCUGGUGGCUAGCGUGGGCGCCUGGACGGGGUCCAUGGGCAACUGGUCCAUGUUCACCUGGUGCUUCUGCUUCUCCGUGACCCUGAUCAUCCUCAUCGUGGAGCUGUGUGGGCUCCAGGCCCGCUUCCCCCUGUCUUGGCGCAACUUCCCCAUCACCUUCGCCUGCUACGCGGCCCUCUUCUGCCUCUCGGCCUCCAUCAUCUACCCCACCACCUACGUCCAGUUCCUGUCCCAUGGCCGUUCCCGGGACCACGCCAUCGCCGCCACCUUCUUCUCCUGCAUCGCGUGUGUGGCUUACGCCACCGAAGUGGCCUGGACCCGGGCCCGGCCCGGCGAGAUCACUGGCUACAUGGCCACCGUGCCAGGGCUGCUGAAGGUGCUGGAGACCUUCGUGGCCUGCAUCAUCUUCGCGUUUAUCAGCGACCCCUCCCUGUACCAGCACCAGCCGGCCCUGGAGUGGUGUGUGGCGGUGUACGCCAUCUGCUUCAUCCUAGCGGCCAUCGCCAUCCUGCUGAACCUGGGAGAGUGCACCAACGUGCUACCUAUCCCCUUCCCCAGCUUCCUGUCGGGGCUGGCCUUGCUGUCUGUCCUCCUCUAUGCCACUGCCCUUGUUCUCUGGCCCCUCUACCAGUUCGAUGAGAAGUAUGGCGGCCAGCCUCGGCGCUCGAGAGAUGUAAGCUGCAGCCGUAGCCAUGCCUACUACGUGUGUGGCUGGGACCGCCGACUGGCUGUGGCCAUUCUGACGGCCAUCAACCUACUGGCGUAUGUGGCUGACCUGGUGCACUCUGCCCGCCUGGUUUUUGUCAAGGUCUAAGACUCUCCCAAGAGGCUCCCGUUCCCUCUCCAACCUCUUUGUUCUUCUUGCCCGAGUUUUCUUUAUGGAGUACUUCUUUCCUCUGUUUUCCUCAUCCUGUCUCCCCUGCCUCCCACCUUUUUCUUUCCUUCCCAAUUCCUUGCACUCUAACCAGUUCUUGGAUGCAUCUUCUUCCUUCCCUUUCCUCUUGCUGUUUCCUUCCUGCGUUGUUCUGUUGCCCACAUCCUGUUUUCACCCCUGAGCUGUUUCUCUUUUUCUUUUUCUUUUUUUUUUUUUUAAGAUGGAGUCUCACUCUGUAGCCCAGGCUGCAGUGCAGUGGUUCGAUCUCGACUCACUGCAACCCCUGCCUCCUGGGUUCAAGCGAUUCUCCUGCCUCAGCCUCCCAAGUAACUGGGAGGACAGGUGUGAGCUGCCGCACCCAGCCUGUUUCUCUUUUUCCACUCUUUUUUUCUUAUCUCUUUUCUGGGUUACCUGUUGGCUUUCUUAUCUGCCUGUUUUGCAACCACCUUCUCCUGUGUCCUUGGGAGCCCUGAGACUUCUUUCUCUUCCUGCCUCCACCCACCUCCAAAGGUGCUGAGCUCCCACAUCCACACCCCUUGCAGCCGUCCAUGCCACAUGCCAAAGCAUGCCUGCCCACCCUCGCUGUGCCUUAGUCAGUGUGUACGUGUGUGUGUGUGGGGGGGGGGGUAGCUGGGGAUUGGGCCCCCUUUCUCCCAGUGGAGGAAGGUGUGCAGUGUACUUCCCCUUUAAAUUAAAAAAAAAAAAAAAAUAUAUAUAUAUAUAUAUUUGGAGGUCAGAAAUUUCCAAUGGGCGGGAGCUUUAAGCACAGACCCUGUGUCCCUAGGCCCCGCCUGGCACUCAGCCUUGCCAGAGAUUGGCUCCAGAAUUUUUGCCAGGCUUACAGAACACCCACUGCCUAGAGGCCAUCUUAAAGGAAGCAGGGGCUGGAUGCCUUUCAUCCCAACUAUUCUCUGUGGUAUCAAAAAAAAAAAAAAAAAAAAAAAGGAGUCGGGGCCGGGCGUGGUGGCUGACACCUGUAAUCCCAGUACUUUGGGAGACCAAGGCAGGCAAUCAUCUGAGGUCAGGAGUUCAAGACCAGCCUGGCCAACAUGGUGAAACCACGUCUCUACUAAAAAUACAAAAAUUAGGCCGGGCACAGUGGCUCACGCUUGUAAUCCCAGCACUUUGGGAGGCCGAGGUGGGCGGAUCACGAGGUCAGGAGAUCGAGACCACGGUGAAACCCCGUCUCUACUAAAAAUGCAAAAAAUUAGCCGGGCGUGGUGGCGGGCGCCUGUAGUCCCAGCUACUUGGAGAGGCUGAGGCAGGAGAAUGGCGUGAACCCGGGAGGCGGAGCUUGCAGUGAGCCGAGAUUGCGCCACUGCACUCUAGCCUGGGCAACAGAGCGAGACUCCGUCUCAAAAAAAAAAAAAAUACAAAAAUUAGCCGGGCGUGGUGGCGGGCACCUGUAAUCCCAGCUACUCGGGGGACUGAGACAGGAGAAUCCCUUCAACCUGGGAGGUGGAGGUUGCAGUAAGUCAAGGUGGCACCACUGUGCUCCAGCCUGGGCGACAGAGCGAGACUCCAGCUCAAAAAAAAAAAAAAAAGGAAUCGGACGAAGAACCACAGGAUGUUGAAGACAACUGUCUGAAGUAUUUGUGAGGGACAGUGAUGUGGCCCUCUGUGUUAAAAAUAACGUGUCCUGCCGCGGCAGAGAGGAGAAGAAAAUGGCCACUGCCCGCUUUCAAGGCAAGAUCAGCCUUUUUUGUUUUGUUUUUCUUUCUUUUUCCUGGCCAUGAGGACAAAAAUCACUAAGUGGCCCUUAAAGAGGGAAGUUUCUUUUCAGCUGUUCUCUUUUGCCCGUAGGUGGGAGGGUGGGGAUUGCUGCGUCCUAGCUAGAGGAAUCGCUUUGCUUGAAUGUGUAGUGCACAUGCACGGGUGUUUCUGUGUGCUAGUUGCUUCUUGCUGCUUCCUGCUUGUCUGGGGGACACAUGCAUAACGUGAUAUAUAUAUAUAUAUAUAUAAGUGUAUAAAUAUAUAUUUUAUUUUUUUUUAAUUCCCUGAAGCUUUUGGUUCCUAUCAGUUCCUGUUGUUAAUCGUAAAACCCUUGCCCCUUCCCCCCAUUCCCGUAUCCAUCGUGUUCUUUUUCUUUUAAAUGUCAAUAUAAAGUUAAAAGAA